ACCCAAUGACUUAAUUCUUGUCAUCGAGUUACUACAGUUCUAGUACGAUCGGACGUUCUAUCCUAUAGUUCGUUUAGAUCUUGAGUUGAGUUUCUGUCGCCGUCGGAAAUAUUAAUUUCAUUAAAAUGGGAAAAAACAGGUGGAUAUACGAUAUUAAUAAUUCCAAUAAGAUUUCCGAAUAUAUUUCCAAUUGGGCGAGUUUUAUGUAAAGAUCGCAGGCGCGAUCAAGUCAACACAUCGUUAGGAAGCAAUGUGAUCGAUCAACGGUCAGGGUACAAAAAAGGAAAGAAAGAUAUAAUAGAGAUAUAAAGAGAUAUUACGAAGGGGUGAACGUUUGAAAACGUGGAAAAAUCAGUCGAUAUAAAUAAAGAAGUUGAGAAAGAUAAAAUAUCGUGAUAGUAUGAAAUGUCAUUUAAAAAGGUGUCUUAUUUCAGUGAAAGGCAAAUAGGAAGAACGUGGUGUAAAAGAGCACGUUGCCAAAGUGAACGAUUCAAUAUUGUUGAACGAUUGUCGUUGACCACUUCGGUAUUAUUAUUCAUCUAUCUUUUUAAAUAAUGAACUAAAUUGUACGUACAUUAUUGAUUCGCAAUAGAGAGAAGAGGAACGAUUAAUUAAAAGUUGACAAGGGAUAGUGAUAAAAAUGUGUUGCUUUCGUAUUUACGUAUCGAUCAUCGGCAAGAGGUUUCUCGCUCCUACGAAUAAGUCUCUACCUUUCUAGAAAAAUACGUAUGGAUAGGGUUCAAUGAUAACAUGUCAACAUUGAAAUUAAGUAUGCAGGAUAAGAAGGACUUGGAUAAAUUUACGAAAUUUUUGGCGUUAAAGGCUGCCCAAAUCAUAGUACAGUCCAGGUCAGGAGAGAAAGUAUGCACAAAGUGUAAACCAAAUUCAUCGGGUACAGAUUGGUUCAACUUGGCGAUUCAAGAUCUGCCCGAUGUCUUGGCAGAGGCUAAGAGAGCUCUCUGCGGUGAAAUAGUAAAUUCCACUAUACCGCUUUGUAUAGAAAUCUCCUUGAGGACCGUAGAAGGCGAUACGAUGGUUUUAGAAACUUGGAGUUUAGGCGUUUUACCAGAACACAGUGAUCCUACGGUAAGAGUAACGUAUACGGUUUACAACAGGAUGGGUAUUUUAUUAAAAUCGUUGCUCUCCGUCUCGAGGAUUACUCCAGCUUAUAAAUUAAGCCGUAGACAAGGACCAGACUCUUACGUUAUCUGCUACAGAAUAUAUAUGGGGGAACCUCAAUUGCACACAUUAGGAGACAACUACAAGCACGUGAGAGUAGGACAACUGUGCACUCCCGUUGGUACGAUACACUUGUCGGUCUCGUAUAGGACUAAAAUGACCAUUUCUCCAACCCAUACGGGACGAGAUUCGAUUAUGCUUAAAAGCGAUCAUUUUCAUUCGGAUCUAAGUCCACGGCAUGCCCGUUAUCAACAAAGCGAAGAAAACUCCAAAUCUUUGAGCGAUACUAUAAAAGUAGGGGCAUUUGUAAUUAGUAAGCCCCCUAUGGUCAAUGAGGGAGACUUAGUUAUACCGGAUGUACCGUUCAGUUCUUUGCUGACUCCACGACAAACCUCACCACCUCCUCCUGGUUCUCUCGGCGAUACUGUAAAUGCGAAAAACGUAACGGCGGGUGUUGCCACGGACAACAGCAACAACGGUAACAAUGAAAGACUGUCGAACGACAAUACAACGUCAAAGUCCAAUUCUCAGAAUGAAUCUAGAAGAAGUAGUUGCUCUAUGACCAGCGCAAAUGACGAUUUCAUUAUGGUAGAUUUGAAAACACCAUUCGCUAUUACUAACACUAACAGCGAUUUGGGAGCGUUUUAUCGGGAAUGCCAAAGUGCGCCUCAGCUUCAAGCAUUUAUGGAGGAAAGAACAUUGGCAGAACAAGUGGGAGAUCUUACUAAGCAAUUGGAAACGUUCGAAACGAAUAUGCAGCAUUACGAAGACAUUUUAUCGUCGCUAUGUCAAACUGAAAACAAUAACUAACGGACGAGACAUUUUUCAUGUAUCUCUCUAUUCAUGAACGAAUAUCAAUAUGCUGGUGCAACGACGCUUCUUUGUUAUUCGACGAUAAAUCCUAUGGUAAACGUGCUGCUUCUCUAUUAUCCGUUUCUCUCUCGAAUUAUAUAUAUAUAUAUAUAUACACAUAUAUAUAUACAUAUAUAUAUACGAUCGAUGGAAAAUAAUAAUCCUUUACGAUGAGAAUUUUUAACCAUUCAAAAAUAUAUGCCAUUGUUAAAUGUCUUUCUUUAUAUACGUUUGAGAGCAGAAUAUCUUCGAUAUAACGCCUUGUUGGCUCGUGCGCGUCUCUAAACGUUGCGGGCGUAUAUACAUAUACAUCAUAUAUUAACCCUCUAUAACGGCAUGUGAUCCUUUGAGCUCGUCUACGCUUACAUGUUUUUUUACCUUUUACUUCAUUAUAACUUUUUUUCUUUUUUCGAAGUACACCGUCCCUCGAUUUAAGUAUUGUGUCUAAUGAUUUAUUAUGAAGUAAUACUUAAUUGUAGUUGAUGCGACGUACAAGCAGUCCGUAAGUAAGUCGCCCAUCAUAACCUCUAGUAAAUUACCAGAUUAAAGUUUCUCAGUUCGAUUUUCUUUUCUCCUUUUAAAUCCUACAUAUACAACAUAUUGUAUCACGGGGAUGAAGGAAAGAAACGAAAUGUACUUAAUCGAAUGAGAUAUUGCAGGCUUACCGGUGUGUAUCGUAUAAAUGUCAAUAAAUAAAAAGAGCAUUUUCACGUACACAAGGAAUAUGCACAUUUUCUAAUUAAAAGUACUGUCCAAGUAUAUCGAAGGACGAGCGUACAGGCUCUAUACUUUUGAUAAUGAUACAUACUGAUAAUAUUUUUGCAUAUUACAUAAUUAUUUUGUAAACACGACCAACCAAAAAUGUGCUUAUGGAGGGUUACCUGACGUUGUCAUUGUGCGUACGAAAAUGUCUGAAUGCUUUAUUAUUAUUGUUUAUUAUUAUUAAUAAUUGUUAAUUAGUCUUAUUAAGGCAAGAUUUACUAUUAUUUAUUGUCUGUAUAUAGUGUAUAUUAUUCUUCAGUACGAUUAUAACUUUCAUCGAAUAAACAUUAUUGCGUUUUACCUUA